AUGGAAAAAUAUGAGAACCUAGGAUUGGUUGGAGAAGGAAGUUAUGGAAUGGUGAUGAAGUGUAGGAAUAAAGAUAGUGGAAGAAUUGUGGCCAUAAAGAAGUUCUUAGAAAGUGAUGAUGACAAAAUGGUAAAAAAAAUUGCAAUGCGAGAAAUCAAGUUACUAAAGCAACUGAGGCAGUUGGAAGUGUGUAAGAAAAAAAAACGAUGGUACCUAGUCUUUGAAUUUGUUGACCACACAGUACUUGAUGACUUGGAGCUCUUUCCAAAUGGACUAGACUACAAAGUAGUUCAAAAGUAUUUGUUUCAGAUUAUUAAUGGAAUUGGAUUCUGUCACAGUCACAAUAUCAUACACAGAGAUAUAAAGCCAGAGAAUAUAUUAGUCUCCCAGUCUGGUGUUGUCAAGUUAUGUGAUUUUGGAUUUGCACGGACUCUGGCAGCUCCUGGGGAGGUCUAUACUGAUUACGUGGCGACCAGCUGGUACAGAGCUCCAGAACUAUUGGUUGGUGAUGUCAAGUAUGGCAAGGCUGUUGAUGUGUGAGCCAUUGGUUGUUUGGUAACUGAAAUGCUCAUGGGGGAACCCCUAUUUCCUGGAGAUUCUGAUAUUGAUCAGCUGUAUCAUAUUAUGAUGUGUUUAGGUAAUCUAAUUCCAAGACAUCAGGAGCUGUUCUAUAAAAAUCCUGUGUUUGCUGGAGUAAGAUUGCCUGAAAUCAAGGAAACAGAACCUCUUGAAAGACGCUAUCCUAAGCUUCCUGAUGUGGUGAUAGAUUUAGCAAAGAAAUGCUUACAUAGUGACCCAGACAAAAGGCCCUUCUGUGCCGAGCUCCUACACCAUGAUUUUUAAAUGGAUGGAUUUGCUGAGAGGUUUUCUCAGGAACUACAGUUAAAAGUACAUAAAGAUGCCAGAAAUAUUUCUUUAUCUAAAAAAUCCCAAAACAGAAAGAAGGAAAAGGAAAAAGAUGAUUCCUUAGGUGAAGAAAGAAAAACACUUGUAGUGUAGGAUACCAAUGCUGAUCCUAAAAUUAAGGAUUAUAAAGUAUUUAAAACAAAAGGGCCAAAAAUUGAUGGACAAAAAGUUGAAAAAGGCAGUAGAAUUUCAAAUGCCAGCUGUCUCCAUGACAAUGGGGCCAGCUAUGUCAAAACAGUGCCUUCAACAAGCCUCAGAGAUGGCAGCAAUGUCACCACGGAUCACACAAGGAACCCAGGCAUGGCAAUUCCCCUACUUACGCACAACCUUUCUGUAGUUGUUCCCAGGAUUAAUUCUGGAGUGGCGACUAUACCAGCAGUUCAGAGUUACAGAGUGGAUGAGAAAACUAAGAAGUAUAGUAUUCCAUUUGUUAAACAGAAUAAACAUUCCCCAUCAAGCAUUUAUAAUAUUAAUGUGAACACAUCAGUAUCAGGAGCUCCCCUGUCAGAUGACUCAGAGCCUGAUUUGCCUCGAAUGGAACACCAGCACUGA